CACAACGGCUUUUGCUUCCCACGGCUGCCUAAAUCCAGCUGCGGGUUCGCGAUCAGUUUAGUUUGGCGCAGAGAUUAGUCUACGCUUCCAGCAGAUAUUAUCUUCAACAACAAGAUGACGAUGAGGUUACUAUUACCACCACUACCCGCCUUGUUCUUGUUGUGCUGCCUGGCAUGGACAACCACCGCCGUGGACUCGAGUCAAUGCCCUUCGUUUGGCAGCAAUGAUAUCCUCACUCUGAAAGACUUUGUGGGGGUGUCAGCAGGGCGAGUGGUGGGAACCAUCCGAACCGACAAUGCCGACAGUGUACCGACGCAGGCUUAUGUGAACAGUCUCCACGGAACAACAUCCCACCGUCCCACCAACAUUUUGGACCAGCUCUUGGAAGCUCAAGUGGUCUCGGAUGCUGGAUCGGAUCUGACGGCCAAUGGCGCCGAUAGUACGGCAUCCCACGACAGCUGCAAUCGGUUGCCCUUGACGCCGAGUAACUGCUAUGUGAGACGUUUGACGACGUCUUCGGCUGUCUUGGAGGAGCUUUUGGUCAUGACACCCUUUACAGUCCACGUGUUGGAUGCCAUUCUCAACACUGUGGGGUUCUUUCAGGAGUUGGACAUUCCAGGGCUGUUGGAAACGCUUGAAAUUCCAGUAUCCUUUGACCAGAGCUUGAUGAACAAGAAGCGUCGAGCGUUGAUGACUCCUCUACCCGACGAGACUCGUGCGGCCUUAACCCAUUACAUGGAGGAACGCAAGAAACUUGGGCUUCGUUCGGACCACGGAGGACAAGAGCCAUUGGCUGCCUUGCAUCGGCAACUAUUGCAGCACCCAUUCGGAAACUCUGAUGAAAUAGAUCAUGACGCUAAGGAAGAUUCUCCACAGUUCCCGACUGCUGCCUAUUUGCAAAAGAACCCUUCCUUCUUGAGAGGCAAGCAGCAAGAACAACACGCACGAAACCUACAAGCCUCCAACGCCACGGAUCCGCCGGAAGAUUAUGACUUUACUGAUUCCAGUCAACUUGGAACGAUUACGGUGUCAAACCUCAUUGAAUACUUUUUGGCUGUCACAGAUUUUCUCAUGGACUACGGCUCCUCCUCCACCGAUGAUGAUGGUUCCACCUGUAUCGUAUACAACAAUGAAACCUUUGGAAUUGCCUCACAGCCAAGCUUUCCACCACCGGUUGUGUAUGACUUUUGCAACUGCGCCAGUGGAGCUAUGGGGCUGUUUCCACUGUGCCCGAUUCAAUCCACCAUUGGAGGCUUUGCCGUCACUCGUGUCGCCAACAAGCUACACUAUAAUUACGCUCAUUUGUUGGGGGGACCUCUACCAGCUUCCAUUCCUGUCUUUGAUGGCUAUGGUCAACAGCCAUUUAGCAGCACGGGUGAUGUUUGGGUUGGUACUGAUCUCAAGAUUGACAUGCAACCGUUUGGAAUCGUCAGUCCUGGCGGGGGUGGCAGGCUCAAUGCCGGGUCUAGUGUUCUUGCGUGUGCUGGAAUUCAGUUGCCGGGGGUUGCGUUGCCGGCUGCAGCAAACUUGCAAAGUUUCGGAGGAGAGCUCAAGAUGACAUCGUCCCUUUUUGUCAAUCUACCAGACAGUACUAACCCCCCUCAUGAAUUGGAGUUUGUCUUUGCAAUGGAAUUGCACGAGCAAUCGGUCCGAGUGGGCGACAAUGACUUUUUCAACUUUACCCUCAUCCCUGCCUAUGGAGUAGGCCGAUUCGAUAGCGCCAAUCCUAACUGCGAUCCCAGUGGGUUUUUCAUUUCUCAAGAGUCCAUUCUGAUGAGCCUGUCGUUCUCGGGGGCAAUGAAACCCAUUGUCAAUGGGGUGACUCCGGUCGCGAGUGCACAUGUGGAUUGGGGUUUCAUUUUGUCGGGGAAUGAUUUUGCCGGGCAAAGCUCGUUCCUGAGGACACAUAUUGACUUUGAAUGGAUUGGCAUUGCCUCGAAGGGAACGUUGACCUUUCAGGUUGUGGAUAACAACGAACUGGCUCGCAGGGGGAACUACGAAUCCAACCAAUGCUGCACAGCCCCACCUUGCACUCUUGCCACAGACCCACUUCGAAUUCCUGUCAGCAGAAAUAGGGAUCUACCAGUGGUCGACUUUGAAAUUCAGGUUGGGGAUGUCGUGUCUUGGGGAAUGCUCACGUUGGAUGAUGUUUCGAUGGGCUUCACGUACCAGGCAGAACAAGAUCCACUCAUUGUCUUUCACUGCAACAUGCUGGUCCCCGGCUUGGAAUCUGUACCCGCCUCGAUCGUUCUUGAUGCGGAUGUCACUGGAACGUGGACGGCUGGUUUCUUGGCAUCACUCCUGGACAUUGUCACAUUUCCCAUUUCAGUUUCCGGCUCGAACAUCUUACAACUGGGCUCGUCAGGAAGCCUUGAAAUCCUCGGCGACUGGGAUGUGUUCUUCCACAUCGAUUGGGCGUCUCCAGUUUGGUCGUCGAGAUUGGAAGCCCUUGUGUUGGCUGGCCUACCCGAGGCUUCCGUCAUCUCGACAGAAUCCGUGUCUGAGGCACCUCAGGCUGCACCUGUCAUUGUGGAGACGGCUCCUCCCCAAAACAUUACAUCACGACAAGGGGGAAAUAAUCAGCUCCCGUUCUGGGAAGAUAUCGUCAAGCUCAGCAAGGACGCUGGCGGAUGCCUUGAAAGUAUUGUGAAGAGCAUAGAUCAGAAGUUGAAUAAUGUUGUCGACCUCUUGACGGCAUUGCAAAUUCUGAGCGGUAUUCUGGAAACUGGAGUGCCUGGAGGACCGACCAAUACACUCUUUGCGAUCGAAGUAACUGCUUCCCUGGACUCAACCGAGAUUGCCAAUUUGCACGAGGCAUUUUUGACAACACGGACACUUCUGGUGGAUGGAAACUUGGAGUCGAUUGCUGAUACUCUUCAUUCGCUUGGAUAUGACUUUGAACAUACAUUCGGUCUGAGGUCUACAGCAGACAAGAAAAGGGAGAAGACAGGACAAAAGGAGGCUUACUUUGAAUGUGAAGUACAAUAUCUUGAGUGGGACGUUUGCCUGGACCUGUUUGGACGCAACGCGAAUUGUUCUAAAGCGCAAAGCGGCAACUUCCCCGAGCCAAGUUGUUUCGUCGAAGGUGCUUUGAAGCUGCAUGAAGCCCAUGCUUUGAUCAGAGACGCCGAGCUGUAUCAAAGCAACUGCGGUCCAACUGUUGUCGAUCGAACUGACAUGACACUAACUCCGGGAAUGAUGACGUUGACUGCUCCAAGCAUAUUCGGCCUUGACGAUGAAAACUGCCAAGUGCCAUUCUCGGUCACUUUCGCCAGAGCAUCCCCCGACGGAAGGCAGCAAGUUACUUCUGUCCAAGGUGUCUCCUCCGGGUGCCUGGAAUUUGGUUCUGUGGACGCAAUCACGUCCUCCGUAUCAACGCUUCUGACAGAUGCGGCAAACAGGGUGAUUCAGGUUUUGUCGGGUGCGAUGACGGGUGAUCUUUGCAUCCUCCCUGAUGAGAGAGUGUGCGGCGAGCCCACUUUGACUGUGUACGACCAACAAGAAAGUCACACUCUGACCUGCCUGGACGAUGUCACAGCUCUAAACCUGCAACAACUAUUUGGCCAGAGCGUGUUUUCGGUUGACACCAGUUGUAAUUCAAUUCCCUCGCCAAUCUUUUCUUUUGAGACGGACGAUAGGAAAAAUCAAAUGAACGAGGACGGUUGUGGUCCUUUGGAGAUGAAAGUGGCAAGGAUGGCUACGGACUGCUGCGGUGAAGACACUGAACCAAUCGAGCACACGUUGCUUGUAGAGAGAUUACCGCCAAGGUUCACGUCAACGGCUGGUUCACUGGACGUUUCUUUGGGAUGCGACGUUAACAUUCACCCCUCAGUCACUGGAGUCCCUGAGUAUGAACGUGGCUGCAUCGAUGCCGUUCAGAGUCUCACUGUGGCUGAUACGUCUUCGUACAACACAACGACGUGCGCCACGACAAUCGAGCGAACAUUCAUCCUUCAAGACGACGGCUGCGAGCUCACCGAACAAACGUUCGUUCAAAAGAUCACCCUGGAAGACACUUAUGUUCCACAAUUUGACCUCUUUCCUGAAAACGUCACCUUGAAAGUGUUUGAUCCAUAUGGGCCGGACUUGACAGGCUUCCCAACAGCCUUCCAACGGUGCGGAGCCAGUCCUGUGGAGAUCACAUACGAGGACAGAAUUGUUUCUACAGCAGGCGACAGUGACUGCUCAGAAGAAUUCACAAUCGUUGAGAGGGUUUUUACCGCUACUGAUCUAUGUGGACGGUACACAACCCGCUCCCAAACGAUUCGAAUCGGAAAUGUGGAACCUCCAUUUGAAGAAAAGUCCUUUAGUUUCGUCUACGCCGGCCAAGAGCUCAUCCUCGAUGGCGUCAACACCACCAGCUGUCUUUUGAAUAGCAAUGCGUGUGGCAUUUGGGGUGCACCUGACAAUCAAUGCUCCUCUGCUUCCAAUGACGAAUUCUCCGAAUACCAAACAUGGUUGUCCAGCCGUGGGGGUGACCUGGCCGGUGGACCGCGUCGCACAUCCUGUGAAUGCCCUCAGGGCGACCGAGAUUGUCAGAGGCAGGUGGACCGAAACGCAGCGUUUGUAUACGGCACACAGCCGGUCACGGGCGCGAACGAUUUGGAGUAUUGCAGUGCAGAGGAAACAGAGGUGGCAACUAGCACCCUUCCCGGCACGGCAGUCCCCACAACAGGUCCUUGUCCCCAUACUGACUUUGGGACGACGUGCAGCAUGGCGCAACUGACCGGAACUGAUCCUGUGUACAACGUCUUUACACUGCAAGCCGAAAGUCUGGCAGCCUUUACCAUUAGCAUUGAUGCACCCACCACAAGCUUUGUGUUGAUCAAUGUCGUGAGCUCCUCCGACCCCGUCACAGUCGAGAUCCAGCCACAAGUGCAGGGUGUGGUGUUGCGUCAAGGAAUGGAUCCUUCCCGUGUUCUGUGGAACUUUGAGCCUGCGGUCCACCUUGUCAGUGUCACCGAUCCUCCUCGUUCGUCGCCCUAUCUGUUCUUUGGCACCCUGUUGAACCGACUUGGUUCAAUGCGGUUUGACGCCCAAGGACAACGUGCCGAAUUCGUGGGUCAAAUUUUUGUCAAUAACCUUCAUCUGACACAACUGCGAUUUGAAUGCGGAGGCCACUUUGUGGGAUUACGACCUCAAAGCUGCGGCCCUGGGCAAGGAGCAUCUUCAGAAGAACAACCAGCCAGCGGCCUGGGUAACAUUCCACAACCAAAUGUUCGAAGGAGCGACGAUUUUGGCUUUUGAGCGAGCGUCUCUUGUGUGUUGCCGCCUUAUUCUUUUCACAUCAUCUAUGUAGUUGCAUAAAUCUCAGCAUUCAUUUUACAAACGUUAACUCAACUAAAAUAAACAAAGACUGAGGUAUCGGUUUCGACAUGAACACCCAAAGAAAACUACCAUCAACCCAGAGCAUCCCACCACCCAAACUAUACAAGCAUUUUUACUAUUUUGUGGAUUGACUUUUUGAUUAAUUGUUGCAGUUUCAAUAUCUUUGUUUGGCUUGUGCAAUGCACGUUUUGCGCCACCCCUUGGUAUCAAUGGGAUGCGUCAAUUCACUGGCAUCCGGAUCUUCCUUCCAAAUUUUGAUGGUCUUGUCGGCUUCUCCCGUAAUGAGCCGUGUCCCGGUCCCAUCAAAACAGGCCGCCAUGACUCCAUUCUCCGCUUCCAGUGAUCCCGGUUGCACUUUGGAUUGUCCUGUUUGGAAUUGAUAUCCACUCGUGUAGUCCCAAAAUUGCAUCGAUCCAUCGUCGCCUCCGGUGACCAGUACCCCAUCGUCAUUGACGGCCAUGGAAUCGACAAUUUUUUCAUUGUGCCGCGAAUAGUUUUUGAGAAAUUUUCCGUCUUUUGCUUGCCACUGUUUGACACAAUCGGCGGCGCCACUGGCAAAUGUAUUUUCAAAGGACGGUGCCGCCACGGCGCGAAUGGAUUUUUGAUGAUGCGUGAGUGUGGUUUGACAUUUUCCGGCAAUUAAAUCCCACAGUUUAAUGGUACAAUCGUGCGAUCCGGUAAUGAUUUGUGGAUCGGUCGCCUUGGUGAGGAGACAGGCAACGGUAUGAUCGUGUCCGGUCAAACAAUGAAUUUGAUGUUUGGUGCGCAUAUCCCAGACACGGGCGACGGCAUCGCGUCCUCCCGUGACGAGAAUAUCGAGUGUGGGAUGGAGUGAGAGACAAAAUACGCCACUCAAGUGUCCGUGAUAGUGUCGAAUGACUUGGUUGGUUUCGAGAUCCCAGCAUUUGACUUGCUUGUCUUCGGCACAACUAAAGAGAUACGGAUGUCGCGGCGAGAAUGCCAAGCCACGGACGGGAGAAAUGUGUCCUGUCAAUGUCAAUUGCAGAGCAUCGUCGGCUCCGACAGAUGCCUUGGGGAAAUUCCAAAUUUUGAUGGUGCGGUCUCCACUGCCCGUGGCAAAGAGUUUGUUGGACGGAUCAAAGGCGAUCGAACGGACCCAACCCAAAUGCGAUGACAGUACUGUAGCCAAUUUCCAAGGAGCAUGCCACGUAGGAGUGGGAACCUUGAUACCACCGGAAGUGUUGUCUCGUUUCACCAAAAUUCGAUUUUCAUUUUGGGCUUCAUUGUCGUCGUCUUGUUUGGAAAUGGAAUCGUACGUGAUCAAGGCACCGGAUUCACUCCUCGUCUUGACGUUGGCAUCAUCAUCAGCAUCAUCAUCAUCCACAGUUGCAACAGCCACCAACGCCGAACUGGUCUUGCUCUUCUUUUUGGUGCUGCUCUUUUUGCCUUCCGCUCCCUUGCCCGCGGCACUGCCCAACAGGUAGCGUUUGCGUCGUUCCAUCGAUGCCAAAUACACGUCGUCUUGGACAAUCACAUCGGUCGCCAAGAACGCAUCUGCAGGCGAACGGUCAAACAAGAUGCGGGCUCGUUUCAACGACGAAAGAGACGAUUGAGGAGCAUACUCGGACAUGGUGGUGGUUGCUUGUCUCGUCUUGUCUUUCCGUUGUCUGUGUUGGUUUUGUGUUUCGUGUUUUGUAGCUGUUGUUCUCUGCCGGCUGCAGCAGUUUGUUGCAGGCUACAGUAGC